AUGUCAACCGCGAGAGAGACCGAAAGAUGGCCUAUUGAAGCUGUACCUGACGAGUUGAUAACAGACGUCGCACCUGUGCAGCUACAAUGUUGGAGUGAAGAGGUGAAACCAGAACAACUUCAUAUGGCGCAAGAACUUGUGGCGACGCAGGAGAUAUCUACCGCAAAGGAGGGUGAAAGGUCCGAGCGCAUCAAGGUUAGUGAUUUGUUGCGUGCAAUUGAGUUUUAGAA